AUGAGUUUUUUCGUACGGUUCUUAAAGCAUCUCCAAGAAGUCUUUAAACCCUCAAAUUUUAAGGUGGGUCUUGUCCGAUGCACAAUUCAGAAGAAGAGCCACCCCGUGAGAAGAAGAGGAAGGAGGAGGAGGAGGAAGAAGAAGAGGGCUCGAGCUUACGGGGCGGCUGGCGUUGUAGACGGGAAGAUUUACGUGUUGGGAGGACUGAAUGUCAUCGAUGGUAACUGGGGACAAGUGUUCGACCCCAAGACUCAGACUUGGGAUACUUUGCCGCCGCCAAUGCCUAAAGGGAAGAUUGUCAAUAAUUUGAAUAUCCACGCCAGUUUUGUGAGGGAUCAUAAGGUUUACGCAGUGGAUGGAAUGAACAGAACCUAUUACUACUCGCCGAGGGAAGUUAAAUGGGAAAUUGGGAACCGUGAUCAACCCAAAGGAAGCCGGAGGGAUUGGUGUAUGAUUGAUAACUUGAUUUAUUGUGUUAGUUGA